AUGAAUUCCAAAGAACGAUGGUCAAUAUCUUCGAAUAGCUCUGGUGCAGGUCCAGAGUCUCUAUGGGAGGAGCAAUCUAGCAUGUCUCGUACUAGAGACUCGUUGGAAGAGAGAGUCCUUCUUCCAGGGUGCCAUCAUAAUAACAAUCUUUCUCCCUUGAACACACCUCCAUCCUCCAUACAAUCACCUCCUCCCUAUCAAUCAUCAUCAUCUCCACUCUCAACUUCCAGCAGUCUACAGAACAACUUCCUCGGCGAGAACUCAAACAUAACGCCCAUAACGCCUCAUUUGAUAACCUCAAGACUUCUCAAAAACGCGUAUUCCCGCGAUACAAGCACGAAAAAUGCGCACCCAAACAGUGAUCAUGAGGCAGAGCCUCGCGCACCAAAGAAGCCACGGAGGGAAAACAUGCAAGAGUUUAUCGGAUUGCCUACGAAUAAUAAGCAACUUUUCCGUUCGGCUGUGGCAUCUCCAACACCUCCCCUAUCUAGAAGAUGUCCAACCGUGAGACUGCCGGGACUUCGUGUUAUCGAUGCAGCCGACCCAUUCAACCAAAGUUUACCCCCAAGGGUCUUCGCGUCAUCAGAAGACAACCCCUACCAGGACUCAAGAGGACCAGAAAACGGGCUUAUUAACGACUCAUCCAACACAGAGGACAACAAAACAUCCCAAGCCGCUUCCGAUCCGGAAUAUCUCCCAGACAGCCCAUCACCACGAAGUCAACCGCGAGGCCAAACCCCCGAUUCCAGCAAAAACAUCACCUCAAGCAAAGAAGACAACAAGAAGUCCAAUCUACUCUGCGAAUUCUCCCUGCCCUGCAAAAUGGGUCCAUCGCCCGACGGUAUGCACUUCCGCAAAAUAGUCUCACACGUCUUCGGCCGCAACAAAGCUUCAACGAAGUUAUUCCCCGACGAUGUCUGGGUAUACUUCUGCCGAAAGCAUUACCAACGUGCACGUUACCGAGCAGACCAAUGGCCAUUUACACAGUGCGACCUUCUACAGGAGUCACUCUCACGGAUCGAAGAAUGGAACGGAGUUGAAAGCUUCGAGCUAACGCUCCGUCGUCGCGAAUCAAUGCGUGUCAACGAGGCAGACGGACACGCAACAAAUGGCAACAGGGAUAGCAAUGGUACUGGCAAAAACCACCGGGCGAGUGGAGCAGCACGAUCUGAAAAUUCUCGUGUUGGAACAAGCCGUAUGACGAACGCAGGCCGAAGACAUCCUACUGCAGUUAUUGCCCCUGUGCCCGAGUGGCUGCGCAAGUCUACCGGGCCAAACAAGUCAUUCACUGAGAUUCGUGCCAUAGUUGAUCGGAUCCGCGAGUAUCUGGCCGGCUUACGGGAUCAAGAACGAGCACAGGAGGCUCGACAAGAAGCUCGACAGGAGGCUGGGGAGACUACAUCUCGAAGUAGUAGAGGUUUUCGUAAAUUCAAAAAGGACAAAGAGAGCCAGCGACAUCAGAUUAGCCAGGUGAGGUUCCCAGAUGUGGAAAUCUUGCCGAGAUUCCGGGACUGGGUCAUCCAAGCAGGCUCCAAAAAACGGAACCAAACCGAGGACAAUGGCGAGGCUGAUGUGGUUGUGGAAAGAGAGGCUGAAGAUGACCAGGAUGAGAAAGAGGAAGAAGAGGAUGCUGGUCUAGUUGGCCGAACUGGACGAAAUCGAGGCCAAUCCGCUAGUCAAAGACGGCGUAACGAUCAACACUGGAGAAACAUGGUUGAACGAGUUUCCCCUCGUGGUACUAUUAGAAAGCCGCGGAAACACUAG